CACAAACCCGACCCAACAACUUAUAAAUACAAGACAAGGCCACCCAAGGCAACAGCCAAAAUAGCUUCCCCCACUCUCCCCAAGCCGUUCCAUCUCGGCCCAUCCAUCACCCGCAUAAGACAACAAGCACGCACAUCAAUCCCGCCGCGUGGGAUACUAUCCCAGGCAUUUCUAUAUCCCGUUCGCCACAGUCCAGCACCAGCACCACGAACGCUCGGUGCUAGUAAUAAAGCCCGCUCUUGGGGAAUUCCUCAAGCGCGCUCCUUUACCCCCAAUCCCGCUCGCGCACUCCAUCAAAACCAUCCCCAGCAGCACCAGCACCAGCAACAACAGCGCGGAAUGAAAAUCGCAACGCUACAGUUCGCGCCGCGGCUGGGCGACGUGGAGGGGAAUAUCCGCCGGGCUGAUGAGUUGCUAGACGGGUUGGAGAGGAAGGCGGAUCUGUUGGUUUUGCCGGAGAUGGCGCUUACUGGAUACAACUUCCCCUCGGCAGACGCCAUCCGACCCUACGUGGAACACGUCGGACAAGGCCGCUCAGCCGAUUGGGCGCGCAAGACCGCCAAAAAGCACGGGUGUAAAGUAUGCGUGGGGUAUCCCGAAGUCGAAAAGACCAUCGCAUCUAGCGAGUCAACCACGACAACCGAAACGUACUACAACUCCCUGGUGGUGAUUGACCCACACGGGUCUGUCCUCGUCAACUACCGCAAGACAUUCCUCUACAUGGCUGACGAGCCGUGGGCGGCUGAAGGCGACGCGGGGCGGAGUUUCCAGAGGUUGCGGUUUGGGGGUGAGGACGCGCAAAAGGAGAAAGAAAUAGCGACAUCGUUUGGAAUCUGCAUGGACAUCAACCCGUACAAAUUCGAAGCGCCGUUUACAGCGUUUGAGUUUGCUAGGCGGGUCGUCGACUCACAGACCCAGCUGGUCGUGCUAUCCAUGGCGUGGACUACGAUGUUACCUGCGGAGGAGCUGCGCGCGCUGGGGGCCCAGCCCGAUCUGGAUACAUUCAACUACUGGAUUCAGAGGUUUAUGCCGCUUAUCCGGGAAAAGAUGGCGCAUGGGGCGGACGUGGAUGGGAAUGGGGAUGGGACUGGGGACGAGGGGGCUGAGAAGAGGGUUGUGCUGGUUUUUGCGAAUCGGUGCGGAGAGGAUCCUGCUGCUGUUGAGGGGGAGGAGCCGGUAAGGUAUGCGGGUGGGAGUACGAUUAUUGCUGUUUCGCAGAGGAGGCGGCGGGGGCUGGCUGCUUUGGUGGGUGGGGAUGAUGGGUCGGAUUUGGAUGUGAAGAUUCUGUGCUGGGGGAUGAUGGGCGCUGCGAACGAGGGGAUCUGCUUUGCGGAUACGGAGGCUGAUCCUGAGAUGGUGUUUGCGUUGGUGAAGCCGGGGGGUGAUUAG